AUGGAAACGGGGAGUGCAGCAAGGCCAAAUGGUACCACUGGGAAGCCAGAGGAUGUGAAGAGUCCAUCUGCCCCCAAAAAGGAAGAAGAAGUGAAGAAGAAUACAAACUCUAGCGGAGGCGAGAAGGAAGCUCUGAAGGGCACUGGCAGUGCAUCUUUGGAGGCAGGGCAAAUCAAGAGCUCUCUCUUCUCUGGCAGUGACUGGAAGAGGCCCAUCAUUCAGUUUGUGGAGUCAUCUGAUGAGAAGAGAUCAACCUACUUCAGCAUGGAUUCGGCAGAUUCAAAGAAGAUGCAAUAUGCCAGUGGACAGAUGGGAGACAUGAGGAGACCACCACUCUCCUUUGCAGAGAAAGGCGAUCUCAGGAAGUCCCUCUUCAAUUUGGAUUCCAAAAAGAGCUUCCUGCCUAGUGAAGGGGAAGGGAGAAAGUCAUUGUUCUCUGGGGGGCAGAUGGGGGACCUGAAGAAAACUUCCCUCCCUCUCGUAGAGACAGGGGACCUGAGAAGACACACCUUCAACAAGCCUGACCGAGCGGCUGGGUCACGGCCCAGGGUGAAGCUUGAGGAUGUUCUGUGUGAUUCCUGCAUUGAUAACAAGCAAAAGGCUGUGAAGUCUUGCUUGGUGUGCCAGGCUUCCUUCUGUGAGCUGCACCUCAAGCCCCAUCUGGAGGGAGCAGCUUUCCGGGACCAUCAGCUCCUGGACCCCAUCAGGGACUUUGAAGCAAGAAAAUGCCCUGUGCAUGGGAAGACCAUGGAGCUGUUCUGUCAGACAGACCAGAUGUGCAUCUGCUACCUCUGCAUGUUCCAAGAGCACAAGAACCACAGCACAGUGACAGUGGAGAUCGAGAAAGCAGGAAAAGAGGCUGAGCUUUCACUGCAGAAAGAGCAACUGCAGCUGAAGAUCAUUGAGGUAGAAGAUGAAAUCGAUAAGUGGCAGAAGGAGAGAGACCGUAUCAAGAACUACACUACCAAUGAGAAAGCAACAGUGGACCAGCAUUUCAAAGAGCUGAUCCGUGACCUGGAGAGGCAGAGGGAUGAAGUGAAGGCUGCCUUGGAUCAGAGGGAAAAGAUUGCAUCAGAGAACGUGAAGGAAAUCGUGGAUGAGCUGGAAGAGAGGGCAAAGCUUCUGCGGGAAGACAAGGAGCACAGGGAGCAGAUCCACCAGAUCAGUGACUCCGUGCUCUUCCUGCAGGAGUUUGGGGCUUUGAUGCGGAAUUAUGUCCCCCCACCAUCUCUUCCAACUUACAGUGUGCUGCUUGAAGGGGAGAGCAUGAGCCCAUCUAUGGGACUCCUCAGAGAUGACCUCCUAAAUGUCUGCAUGAGGCACGUGGAGAAGAUCUGCAAGGCAGACCUUGGCCGCAACUUCAUAGAGAGGAACCACAUGGAGAAUGGUGACCACCGGUACAUGAUGAAUAACUAUGAGUGGAACCAGCCGGACAACUUGAAGAGAUUUUCCAUGUUCCUGUCUCCCAAAGCCAGUUUCAACCCACGAUCAUGGGAAUUUUCCUCCUUCCAAGCGACUGAGGAAACACUUGUCGGCAAUGGUACUAAGCUGCCUUUUCAAUUCUCCUCGGUGGGACAGAAUCCGCCCGGUGACUUCAGCAAACAGUCUGAUGGGAGCCUCUUCACUAAGACCGCUUAUCCUUCAAUAGUGAGACAUCAGUCUGCAAAGGUGACACCACAGACAUGGAAAUCUUCUAAGCAGUCUGUCUUGUCACAUUACCGCCCCUUUUACGUCAACAAAGGCAAUGGAGCCACUUCCAACGAGGCACCUUGA